AUGACGGCAGCCGCCGCGCUCUGCACCAGGAGCUACUGGACUUUCAUCGGUGGGCUGGCGGCUCAGACGCCGAGUACCAGCGUCGCCUGCGUCCAGUGGAGGACCUGCGGCGUGUGGUGGUCACAAUGUGGCCUCAGGUGCGCGUCGAGGCCACCGGCAGCCUGGCCAACGGCCUCUAUAUGGCAGACAGCGACGUGGAUGCGCCACUGCUGGGCCACUGGCCCGCGUCACCUCUCCACUGCUCGCAUCCGCGACGCCCUCCAGCGGGAGGGCGUGGCGCGGCUCGGCCAGCUCACCGUGCUGGAGAAGACGACGGUUCCACUGGUCAAGUUCGUGCACCAGGCGACGGGCUUGCCCGUGGACGUGUCCUUAGGCAGCGAGGCGGCCGUGCGCGCCGCAGAGCUGGUGCGGGAGUUGUUGCGCCGCUUCCCGGCCCUGGAGCCCAUCUCACUGCUGGUGCGCCACUACCUGCGUGGCCUGGGCCUGGCAGAGGUCUUCACGGGGGGCGUGUCAUCCUACGCCGUCACCCUCAUGGUCACCAGCUUCCUGCAGCUGCAGAUUCCCCCGGACGCCCAGCACGACCUCGGGUGGCUGCUGGUGAGCUUCUUCGCCUUCUACGGCUAUGAGUUUAAUUUCGCCAGCACGGGGAUCAGCGUAGUGGGGCGCGGCCGCUACCUGCGUAAGGAAGACGUGCCCAUUGUGAUGCCGCGCGGCCACCGGCGGGCGGACCUCUGCAUCCAAGACCCGCUCUGUCCCACCAACGACCUGGGGCGGUCCUCCUUCCGUGUUUGGGACGUGCGCAGAGCCUUCCAGCACGCCUACCGAGUGCUGGAAGCCGCCCUUUUCGAGCCAGGCGUGUACGCCUCCCCCUGCUCCCUGCUCGGCCAGCUGCUGGCGCGGCACGCCACGCCCCAGCGAGUCCUGCCAAAGUGGACGCCUCCACCCGUCCCAGCAGCAACAGGAGCCAGCAGGACUGCCUAUGAGCAAAAGAAACAAGGCAUUGUUAAAAGAGAUAAAACCACGUCUAACACAAAGAAUAAGAAACUCGCAGCACGGGCUGAGGUAAACCAGAUAUAUCAUAACGACAUUGACGACCGUGCGCCCUUCGCAGAGGCUGACCACCGAAGCAAGCACAGGCCCGGCCAGACCCGGAAAGACGACUUCAAGAAGCCAGAGCAGGCACCGCCCCCCCAGCCAACGCGCACAGGGCCGACUGUCAGGGUGUUGAACCGGCACGGACGAUUCCUGACGAUCUCCAGGAAGGAGGCGGCGGACGGGGCUUUCCACAACCAGCGGUUUCAUUAA